UGAAACUUCAAUUACCAGAAUCCUUUGCGAUGGAACCUCGUCGCUUCAGCCAAUGCGAAAGCAGAAGGUCGUGCAGCAAAAUACACGAGGUGAGCAAUGAAGCUGACCGGCUGCUGGCUACAUAAGCUUGGUGUCACACGUUGUUACAGUGCUCAACAAAGCAAAGGUCAACAACACCUCACAUGUGUGUGGGGUGACGGCACGUAGCAUUUUAACCACACACACAUGCACUAUUCGAGACAGUUCGGAUAGAAAGAAGGUUGACCAGUGAGCUUAACUUUACCACAUCAGCUGACACAAUGGUGGCAGACCGGACAGCAGAGCAGGAGAAUGAGACAGACCAGAAGGUGUGUGCGGUUGAAGACGUUGGAGGACAUGGAGAUCUGGAUAAAGAUGGCUGUACUUUGGAGGAGCCAGUUGCUUCUAAAUGUCUCCCAGAGGAAGCAAAGGAGCCACGAAAGUGGAUAUGGGCCAUUAUGUUUUUGUGUUUCUACGGGUUUAUAGCAUCCAUCAAGCCUGGGGAACCUUUCAUUACGCCGAAUCUGCUCAGCACUGAAAAGAACUUUACCAGGCAGCAGGUGACCAAUGAGAUCACGCCAGUGCUGACGUACUCCUACAUGGCAGUGCUGGUUCCAGCCUUCCUGCUGACUGAUUUUCUGCGCUACAAGCCAGUUCUGGUAAUCCAGGGUAUCAGUCAUGUGGUUAUCUGGAUCCUUUUGCUCUUGGGUACAUCCCUCAUUGAGAUGCAGUUCAUGGAAUUCUUCUACGGUGUGACCAUGGCAUGCCGCGUGGCAUACUCCUCCUACAUCUUCUCCCUGGUCAGCCUGAGCCUAUACCAGCGUGUGGCCAGCUACUCGCGUGCCUCGGUCCUCUUUGGAGUGUUCAUCAGCUCGGUGAUUGGCCAGCUUUUCAUUUCAGUGGGCAACGUCACUUACUACACCCUCAGUCUUAUUUCUUUGGGUUUUGUCAGCUUUGGUCUGGUGCUGUCACUAUGCCUGCCCUGGCCAAAGCGCUCCUUGUUUUUUAAUCAGGCACGCAAUCAGGAGCACAGAGAAGUGUCCGCUCAAGUAGCCACCAAGGCGGAACUGGACAAGAUGAACCCAAAGGAUGGCGGCUUGACCACAGCCCUGUCCACAUGCUCUGCAUCCCACUGGAAGGACUCAAUCUUUUUACAGAUGCUGAUGGAGUUGAAAACUGUAGUGAAAAGACCCAACCUGCGACUGUGGUCCCUUUGGUGGGUGUUCAACUCCACAGGGUACUACCUGGUGUUGUUCUACGUACACAUCUUGUGGAGUAACUUUUCCACGGCCACUGACAAGAACAUUUACAAUGGAGGAGUGGAGGCUGCUUCUACCUUACUGAGUGUUUUGACCUCUUUCAUCGCAGGCUUUGUGAAAAUCCGAUGGAAUAUCUGGUCAGAGCUGGUGAUUGCUGUGAUCACAGCCUUGCAGGCUGGACUCCUGCUGCUAAUGGGCACCACCAAAAACAUCUGGGUCUGUUAUACGGCCUACGUCCUUUUCAGAGGCUUCUACCAGUUCCUGGUGCCAAUCGCUACUUUCCAGAUCGCAUCGUCGCUCACCAAGGAGCUCUGUGCCCUGGUGUUUGGUGUUAACACCUUCUUGGGGACCAUCCUAAAGACAAUCAUCAACUUGAUAUUUGCUGACAAGAGGGGCCUGGCUUUGGAUGUACACAGUCAGUUCCUGGUGUACUUCAUUUACUUCGCCCUGCUCACUGUCGUCUACUGUGUAAGUGCCGCUGUCGUCAUCUUCCGUCACUUUAGAAGCCAGCCCAAGAAACAAGACGGCGCCGGCCCACAGUCCAAACCGUUUGAGCUCAGCAACAUCACUGCUGAGGUAGAACCUUUGUCCAGCAGCAACAAUGCCAAGACAUAACAUUGUCCACAUACAGGACUUGUUAGGAUCCUCUCACUCAUUUGAAUGAGUCCUAAUCGUGCGUAAGUGCCUCACAAGCCGGCUGGUACAAGUGUCAGGUACGAAAAGUUUCACCUUGUUUUAACGCACUUUUAAUGACACCAAGCUCCAGUGUUGUGGGACCCCCCCCCCCAACGAAGGUCAGGCUGGGCUGAUUUUGGAUUUGGUUGUCCUCCUGAUUUAGGUACAGCAAACAAAAGAUUUGAUUAUGAGGACACGACUAAACACCUUGCUAAAUCACGAUUUGUUUCUAAAUCAUUGCUUUAAAAAUCACUUAUUUUCCCAGCAGCACUAACAAAAUACUCUUGUUAAUCAUUUUAAUUCAAUGUAAUGAUUUUUAAGCUGUUUUAUGUAUUUGUUCCUGGAACACAUCCCUAUUCAGCCAUAUAGGAAGUUUUCUUUUUAAAAUUUUGACUUACCCUGUUGGCUUUGACGCCCGAAAGCACUUGUGCUAGAUAAAUCAUGGAAAUUGCAACAACGCUUCAUCAGUAGGGUAAAACUAACCUGUCUAUCGACGGUUUAAACACAGCUUAAGUUCCCUAUUAGUGGAUGAACAAGCCAACGCUUGGUGAAUUCUGCUUCACAAUGAUAGGAAGAGACAACACGAAAGGAUCAUUUAUGUACUUACAUAUGCAAUAAGAAGUAUUUGCAGGUUUUGAUAUAACAAUUACUUUAUAUGCAUUUUUGAAUAUAAUGAUAAUCAUCUGGAAUAUGAAAAAUAUAAACUGAUGUUACAAUAUUGCUGAUAAAAAAUAUCCUGUGAACUUGUCUGAUUGCUGUAAAACUUUUUUUUGUACAUUUCCAGAAUAAAUGGAUUAAACUGUAGUAAUGAUAA